CUCGCUCGCUCGCUCGGCUCGGCGCGCCUCUGCUGGCCUCCGCUGGGGUGUGCUGCAGUCGGGACUGGGAGCCGGCGCUGGAGCGGGGCCGGGCCGGGGCCGGGCCCGAGCCCGAGCCGGUGCAUGCCGCGUCCCUGCGUCUCCUGUCUGGCCGCGAGUCCGGCGGUCUCCAGCGGCCGCAUCAAGUUGGAGAGUAGGGGUUCAGUGCUGAGCAUCUGUGAGGCCCUGGGGGUCUACCUCCCACCUCAAAGACUCCUACCAUGUUUAACUUGAUGAAAAAAGACAAGGACAAAGAUGGCAGUCGGAAGGAGAAGAAGGAAAAGAAGGAAAAGAAGGAGCGAAUGUCAGCAGCUGAGCUACGGAGUCUUGAGGAGAUGAGUCUAAGACGUGGCUUCUUCAACUUGAACCGAUCCUCCAAGAGAGAGUCUAAGACCAGGUUGGAGAUCUCCAACCCCAUCCCCAUCAAGGUGGCCAGUGGCUCCGACCUGCACUUGACUGACAUCGAUUCUGACAGCAACCGGGGCAGCGUCAUCCUUGACUCGGGCCAUCUCAGCACAGCCAGCUCCAGCGAUGACCUCAAGGGUGAGGAGAGUGGCCGGCCCUCGGUGCUGCAGAGGGCCGCCAAGUUUGGGUCCUUGGCCAAGCAGAACUCACAGAUGAUUGUCAAACGUUUUUCCUUCUCCCAGCGGAGCCGGGAUGGGAGUGCCUCAGAGACCUCCACCCCCUCGGAGCACUCGGCCGCCCCUUCCCCUCAAGUGGAGGUCCGGACCCUAGAGGGUCAGCUGGCACGCCAGGCUGGCUCUAGCGCCUCGUGGCCAGGGUGUAGGCCCCGAGGCCCCGAGCUGGUCAGCAAACGGUUUGCCGCUGACCUGCGGCUGCCUGCCGUAGCACCCCUGCUACCUCCCCCUCCCCGGGAGCUGGAGCUUCAGAGGCGUCCCACUGGGGACUUUGGCUUCUCCCUUCGGCGAACAACCAUGCUGGACCGGGCGCCCGAGGGGCAGGCCUACCGGCGGGUGGUGCAUUUCGCCGAGCCAGGGGCAGGCACCAAGGACCUGGCUCUAGGGCUGGUGCCCGGCGACCGCCUGGUGGAGAUCAAUGGCCAGAAUGUGGAGAACAAGUCGAGGGAUGAGAUCGUGGAGAUGAUCCGUCAGUCCGGGGACCACGUCCGGCUCAAGGUGCAGCCCAUCCCGGAGCUGAGCGAGCUGAGCCGCAGCUGGCUGAGGAGCGGCCUCGGGCAGCAGAGGGAGCCCACUGACGUUAAAGAUGAGGACAAGAUUAUUCCAAAGCCAAGCCCUCUUGGAAAAGAAGAGAGGGCUCUAGAGGGUACCCCAAAGGACAAGGCCUGCCCACCCAGGAGCCCCCAAUCUCCCACUACCCUGGUGCCUGCGGAGACCCGCCAGAGACCCAAUAGCCCUGCUGACGUGUCGAAUGGCGUCACCCCUGUGCCUUCCGUGAAUGGUCUAGGGACAGCCUCUCCAGUGCCCCAAAUGGAGGAUCCGCAGGGCAUCUCCAGCAAUCGGGUGGCAAAGGCUGUGAGGAAGGUGGUGAGCAAGGUGCUGCCUGGGGAUGAGCCCGGAGGAACUAGAGAACCUCCACCCAAAGGUGCCAAGCUUCCUGGACCCCCUGCCCAUGGCAAGAAGGGGGGAAAGGGCCCUCAGGUUCCUACUGCCCCCUCUCCUCCUCCCCUCCCCUCCAAGUCCGAAGCUAAGAAGGAACCAGCAGCCAAGGACGAGAUCUCCGUGGGCCUUCGGAGCCUGAUGUCUCGGGGCAGGGCCAAAGAACACAAGCCUCGGAACCGCCCGGCCUCGGAGAAGGCGGGGGAAAGGCCCACGGGCCAGCAAGAGGGUCCAGCCGAGAAGCCAGGCUCCCUGGCAGAGCCCGAGCCCGUGAAAAAGCCGAGCUCCCCGGCUCCGCCGAAGGAAGAACCAGACCGUGUCCAGGAUGUCGUCCCCAGCUCAGAGCACACCCUGGCUGAGCUUGCCCGGGUGCCAGCCCCUGGCAUCCAGCAGGAGGCAGGAGCCAUCAUGGAAGCCCAGCCGAUGCCCGGGGAGGAGGCUCAGGAGAGGCUCGAGAGGAUCUUCAUGACUUCUCUGGACCCUGAGGCCUCCUCUGCCGCCCAGAGCCAGGCCAAGACAGAGGAGCAGAUUGCCGCUGAGGAAGCCUGGCAUGAGACAGAGAAGGUUUGGCUGGUCCAUCAAGAUGGCUUUACUCUUGCCAGCCAACUGAAGUCAGAGGAAUUAAGUUUGCCAGAAGGGAAGGUCCGAGUGAAACUGGAUCAUGAUGGGACCAUACUGGAUGUGGAUGAGGGUGACGUGGAGAAGGCCAAUGCCCCAUCCUGUGAACGACUGGAAGACCUGGCCUCUCUGGUGUACCUCAAUGAGUCGAGUGUCUUGCACACCCUCCGGCAACGCUAUGGGGCCAGCCUGCUGCACACAUUUGCUGGCCCCAGUUUGCUCAUCCUCAGCCCCCGAGGGGCCCCCGCUAUGUACUCUGAAAAGGUGAUACACAUGUUUAAGGGGUGUCGACGGGAGGAGAUGGCACCCCAUAUCUACACAGUGGCACAGACAGCAUACCGCAACAUGUUGAUGAAUCGCCAGGACCAAUCAAUCGUGUUGUUGGGCAGCAGUGGCAGUGGCAAGACUGCUAGCUGCCAGCACCUGGUCCAGUACCUGGCCACCAUCGCAGGCACCAGCGGGAACAAGGUGUUCUCUGUGGAGAAGUGGCAAGCUCUGUACACUGUCCUAGAAGCCUUUGGUAAUAGCCCCACCAUUAUGAACGGCAAUGCUUCCCGCUUCUCUCAAAUCCUCUCACUGGACUUUGAUCAAGCUGGCCAGGUGGCCUCAGCCUCUAUUCAGACUAUGCUGCUUGAGAAGCUCCGAGUUGCCCGACGUCCAUCCAAUGAAGCCACCUUCAAUGUCUUCUACUACUUAUUGGCCUGUGGAGAUAGCACCCUUAGGACAGAGCUACACUUCAAUCAUCUGGCAGAGAACAAUGUGUUUGGAAUCGUGCCCUUGUCCAAGCCUGAGGAGAAGCAGAAGGCAGCUCAGCAGUUCAGUAAGCUUCAAGCUGCCAUGAAGGUUCUGGGAAUUUCCCCUGAUGAGCAGAAGGCCUGUUGGUUCAUCUUGGCUGCCAUCUACCACCUGGGGGCUGCAGGUGCCACCAAAGCACCCCUUGAGGAACAAUCUGAGUGCUGGGAUGUGUCUGGCUUAGUAGAAUGGAGAAGGGAGCCGGCCUGGGAAGGAGCUGCAAAGUCUGAGUUGGGGGUGAUCCGAGCAGAGAAUGUUGAGUUGGCAUUUGAUGACCUGGAACCCAGCACAAUUGACUCUGUAGCUGCUGUGGACCAAACAUCCCAACAAGCCCUGGUGCGAUCCCUAGCCCGGCCAGAUGAGGCUCGGGGCCUGCUGUGGCUGUUGGAGGAGGAGGCCAUGGUGCCAGGUGGCACCGAUGAGGCCCUACUUGAGCGGCUUUUUUCAUACUAUGGCCCCCAAGAAGGUGACAAGAAAGGACAGAGCCCUCUUCUGCGAAGCAGCAAACCCCACCACUUCCUCCUGGGCCACAGCCACAACACCAACUGGGUGGAGUACAGUGUGGAAGGCUGGCGGAACUAUGCCAAGCAGAACCCUGCCAUGCAGAAUGCCCCACGACUCCUGCAGGACUCUCAGAAGAAGAUCAUCAGUAACCUGUUUGUGGGCCGGGCUGGCAGUGCCAUGGUGCUAUCGGGCUCCAUUGCGGGGCUGGAAGGAGGUUCCCAGCUGGCACUUCGCAGGGCCACCAGCAUGCGAAAGACAUUUGCCACUGGUGUGGCGGCUGUCAAGAAGAAGUCUCUCUGUAUCCAGAUCAAGCUCCAGGUGGACGCCCUCAUCGACACGAUCAGGAAAUCCAAACUGCAUUUUGUUCACUGUUUCCUGCCUGUGGCGGAGGGCUGGGCAGGCGAACCCCGCUCAGCCUCUUCCCGCCGGGUAAGCAGCAGCAGUGAGCUGGACCUGCCUCCCGGGGAGCACUGUGAGGCUGGUCUCCUGCCACUGGAUAUCCCCCUGCUCCGGGCUCAGAUCCGUGGCUCUCGUCUUCUGGAUGCCCUUCGCAUGUAUCGCCAAGGUUAUCCUGACCACAUGGUGUUCUCGGAGUUUCGGCGACGUUUUGAUGUCUUGGCACCCCAUCUCACCAAGAAGCAUGGGCGCAACUACAUUGUUGUGGAUGAGAAAAGAGCUGUGGAAGAACUGCUGGAGUCCUUGGACCUAGAGAAAAGCAGCUGCUACAUGGGCCUGAGUCGGGAGCACCCAGGGAAGGGAUUCUUCAUCCUGUCCUUGCUGAUUCCUUCCUCCAUUCUCUGA